AGGGAGACAAGUUCAAGGGUGGUGUGCACCCCCACAGGCAACUGGAAUUUGUCAACGGAGGGGUUCUCGGCGAGGGCUAGCAACAGGAGGACAAUGGAGAAGGCCAAGUCGAGGCCGUAGUACCAGGAGUUGUGCACGAGGAGAAAUGAUGGACGAAAGUGUCAUUUUCGAGAUCCAAGUCGAGAAAAAAGUCCUCGAACAAGUUUUCCACGAAAACAAACAUUUGAAAGACAGUUACGACAAACUGAUAAAAAAUGAAGACAACAUAAAACCACUAAAAGACGAAAUAAAAAAUUUAAACAACAAAACCAAAACCUUGCAAGAAGCUAACCAAGCCUUGAGUGAAGAAAAUGCCAAAAUGAAAAAACAGUUUGAAGAAUUCGAACAAACAAAAAACGAAGAAAUAAAACAAUUGAAAGAGCGUCUCAGGAAAAGAGAAGAAGAAAAUAGAAAUCUAGAUCAGGACAAACUAGAUCUAGAAUUACAAGUGAAAAACUUGACGAGAAAAGUGCGUUUAGAAGAAGAGAAGGAAAAAUCAAACGAUUUGGCCCAAGUUGAGUGUAAACUCCUCAAAUUGAAAUUACAUGCGAUCGAAAACGAGAAAAAUUACCUCAUUUCUGACUUUGAACGCGAACGUAAAAUCAUAACGAAACAGAACAAACCACGGGUACAAAAAUUGGAGGAAAAUUUACGACAUUUACGAAAAUGGAUUGAGAAAGAGUCACGUGAGCGACGCCCCAGAGACACCGACCAGGUUAAGGCCCUUAAAGCACAAAUUGCCACUUUGGAAAACGAUAAAGUCGACUUGAUUGAAGGUUUCGAGCUUGAACGGAAAGUCUUCAGGAAAAUUCUCAAGGAGAACGGACAUUCUAACAGCGAAUUGUCGUAAUUUUUUAACAAUUAUUUUACAAUAAAAACAAUUAAAAUUUG